GGCUCCGCCCACGCGGUAUGUGUUUCGGUUGCCGUGGCGACGGCCCCGCCCUUUGUCCGCGCCGCGUUCCAAUGUGCAAGGCAGAGAGAGAGGCGGACUCGGCGGGCGAAACAGCGGGCAUGGCUAGUUCUGCGGUAUCGUUUCCCAGCACAGCGGGAAAGACUUGCACCCGGUGGAACUACAGCACGGCCUCCCUCCAGGCGCCUCCAUUGGACUACUCCUUUCGGGGAAUCAGCUUCAUGCAAGACCUGCUGACGGAGGAGCCAAGGGCCGGCUUGAAGCCCAUCCAUCGGUCCGAAGGAGGCCGGCUGCUGACGCAGGCCAUCUGGCUGAACAACAACACCCUCGGGGAGCUGACCCAAUUCACGGAGACUGUGGGCAAGCUCCUGGAGUACCCAGAGGACAUCUACUGGAUCGACCUCUCCUUCAAUGACCUGCCCAUCAUCGACCCGGUGCUGACUUCCUUCUACAACCUGCGCCACCUCAACCUUCACGGGAACGCCAUCCAGCAUCUUUCAGAGGUGGACAAGCUGGCGGUGCUCCCGCACCUGCGCAACCUGACGCUGCACGGAAACCCCGUUGAGGAGGAGAAGGGCUACAGGAGCUAUGUCCUGUCCACUCUGCCCAACUUGAAGUCCUUCGAUUUCAGCGCCGUCACGAAGCUCGACCGCACCACUGCGGCCGUCUGGAGACGCAUGAACAUCAAGCCAAAGAAAGUCCGGAGGAGAAGGGAUGACUACUGACGGCCCUACCUGCUCUGGCGGCAGGGAGAGGAGGCCCCUGCAACCUGCAGCCUCAAUUGGGAAUAAAGAGUUGGAGCACCU